UGUGGAGAAUGACUCCGAGACUCCGAGUGCUCUCCGAGUACGAGCACAUGUACCUGUACUGUACUAGUAAUCUUGGGGAUCUUUUCCAUGCGACUGUAGAUUCUUGGCUUCAUCAUAUCGGGAUGCCAUAAUGGUCGUGAGUACUGAGUACUGGUGGGAAUCAUCACGGGGAUAGUGUACAUGUAUCUCCCUUGACGCUUCGUCAAAUUGGGAUGCAAUAAUGGUCGUGAGUACUGGUGGGAAUCAUCACAGGGAUCCUGUAUCUCCCAUGACCCUUUAGAAUGGUCAGAUUUAAGCGCCAUGCACAGUUGAGUAACGCUCUGGGGGCCUGGCAAUUGAAAUUCGCCGGUCAUUGCUCCGGAGAUGUUGUGUUGGGCGUUGGGCCCGUCUGGACAUUUAUUUCUCUCUUCAUUUCCGCUUUUGCUUGGCUGCACAGGGAGUAGAAACCCACGAGUUGUAGUACUGCCUUUGACAACGUUCACAAAACUUGUGGGUGUUGGCUCGUCGUUAGAUCUGACCGACAAACUCACAAAACCAUUUCCCAACAGCGGAAAAGAACCACAACAACUAGUCUAUUGAAAACCCUCGUACGGAUUUUACUUUCCCUUCUCGUCGCCAUGAAGAUCUGCCAAAGCUCGUCUGGCUGCGGUGAUGACCGAGCCUUCCGUAGGCUCUUUGCGGGAGCAGGAUUCAUGUGUCUAUUGCUGUUUGCUGUCCUCUCUGAUGCUGCCGUCGUUGCCGUUGAUGCUGAGGUUCUGGAUGACGAAGGUGUCGACGCCAUGGUUGUCCCCGAAGCUUCCAACAAGGAUCACGUUCCCUCGUUUAUUGUUUCCAAGCAAGACCAUGUAUUUGCUGAAGGCAGCGACGAUAUCUUGGAGACGCAUCUGAACGAUAUGGCUGUCAUCACGACCGACCAACUCAUGACUAAGAUGGAUUCUCUCACUCCCAAAGAAAAGUUGGACAUCAUGGAUUCCCUCAAGGGAUCCAUGAUCACUAUGGAUGCUCAGUUUGAUAGGAUUGACUGGACGAAGGAUCCUGCCAGACUGGAAGGUCUCAGGAAUAUUACCUUGAUUGGAAGGAACUAUACACACAAGGCGGUCAAAGUUGUUGAAGAUGCUAUUGCUGCCAUGUGGUCCAUUUUUUCCACUGACGAGGACAAAGAUGAUGAGAGUAGUCCAGGCUUUCGUGGAGAGCUCGCUCGUCGUCAACGUCGCUUGGAAGAAGAUCAGGACAAGAAUGAUUACAAGAAGGACAACAAGGACCGUCGCGAUUCCUACCAUCGCCACGAGGACCGCAAACAACGAAACAAGUUCAAGAAACGUUUCAGCGAACAUUUCCAUCAUGGAGGAGAAGGUUUUCACCGUUUUGCUAACUCUCAUCAUGCAAGAAAGUUGGAUGAAUUCUCUGAAGCCAUUUACAAUGGAGAUAUCCAUGCGGCGUUCUCUCACUUUGCUACAAGCCACUCGGAAAUUCAAAUGUCCUCAGUCCCAGACAAAGCCAGGAGGUUGGCUGAGAAUCGUGCUCGUAGGCUUGACAAGUGGGAGCAGUGCAACCUACUUGCAGAUUGUGCCAUUGCUAUGAGUGUGUAUGACAUGUUUGUCUACUUUUACAGUGAUGACAUUGACGGAGCAACCGGACAGGUGGAUGACAACAUCAUUAAGUUUAUUGAGGCUGACAUUGAACACAAAGCAUCCAAAAUCAAAGCAGAAGCCAACAAUGUGAAAGCCAACUCUGCAUCCAAUCCCACUUGUGACACUCUCCUGAGAGAAUUCCAUCGUACCAUUGAGUGGGGAGAUGUUCCCGAAUGGGAAGGUGCCAGUGUCAACCAGGUCUGUCUGGCUGAAGGUUCUCAAACAUUUGUGAAAUAUGGAGAGAUUGCCAAAGCAUUGAUCAAUUACAAAUUUGAUAAUGGAUACAGCUCAACUGCAGAAACUGAAUGGAUCAACAAGGUGGACAAAUCGCUCAACUUGGUUGCUGAGAAGAUUGCCGUGGAACCAUUGCGUUGUGCAGAAGAGCUCUUCUACAAGCGCCCCAAUGCAACUGCUGAUGCACAAGAAUUCCCCUUUGGAGGUUGUGGUGGAGUAGACACUGCCACAUGCCCAAUCCAAAAUUAUCAAUUCCCAAUUGAAAUGGAUUAUUUUUCAACAACAGUUGAAAAGUAUGAGGCAACUCGGGACAUUGUCAAGUGUCCAACUGAUACUGCCAUUGCCCAGGAUAAAUGUGCAGCAGCUGGAUUAUCCCUUGGUGCUUCCUUACACAAUGGAGCACUUAUCACUGGUACCUGGUCACACGCACCCUGUGGCUGCUUCAUUGGCACGAACGGGUUUGUCCAUUGGUCUACCAGAACUACUGGAUGUCAAAAUCUUGACAAUGGUAUAUACUACAUCUUCCCAGUUGUCUGUAAAGAGGAUGAUAAGACACGCGAUGACUAUGAGCUUGUCCCAUUCCAGCCACAAUGUGAUAGUGGAUAUGGCAUCUCAAGUAAAGAUGAAUGUGCAAAGGCUGCUGUAAAAGCUGGUGGUACCUUAUUCAGCUAUGCUGUCCAUGAGUACAAUGGGGAUGGGGUGCCUUGUGGGUGCUUUUUGGAAGGUGGUCCCGUUGAUGCUGGAAAGAUCAUUUUUUCAAGCAAGACCACAGGCUGUGCAAAUGAACACAGACGUUUCUAUAACGUGUGUAAACGCAAGAAAGAUCGCACCACAGCUGUUGCCAUGCCUUAUCGGGUUGACUGUGACCCAGGUUACCAGUACACCAAGAAUGAGUGUCAUGCUGCAGCACUAGAAGCCGGUGGUGUGGGGUCUCUUCAUGAAGGACAAUGGCCCGAAACACCUUGUGGCUGUUUCCUUACAAGGGAGAGUGGAAAAAUCCAUUUUAGCACCCGGACUACCAAUUGCCAAAACUGGCACUCUCCUGAUUCCUGGGUGUAUAACCCCGUGUGCAAGCCACGUGGAAAUCGCAACGAAUACAAAUUGGACCAUGUAAAAACAAAAUGUGAUGCUGGAGAAGAGAUUCCCACAAAAUCUCUUUGUGCCAUUGCAGGCCAAGCUCUGUAUGGAAGGCUGGAUAGUGGUGUAGUGACAUCGGGUGAUUAUCCACAUGCUCCUUGUGGCUGCUUUCUCGACAAUGCUGAUCAUGUCCAUUGGAAUACCAGAACCUCAAGUUGUGGCAACAAUGGUCUUGCAUUUAUGCCAGUUUGCUACAAGUUCAGUGAAGGCACUAGUGAUGGACGGGAUAUCUACGGAAAAUUGAAAAAUAAUGACAAGCAUGGCUUCACCACCAUGACCUAUACCAACGUCCAGCAAAAAGCACAGUCUUGCAUCACCGAAAAGCUUGCCAACCUCCAUGCUGAAUGUUACGACAAAGCAGGAAACCAGCAAAAUGCCAAGUACUAUGAGUGCAGAGUGAAGAAGCAAGAGGAAGCAACAAAUGAAUGCGAUCGGUUUGGGCCCAUCCAGAUAGGAUUGGAGCUUGUCUUUGGAACUAACACAGCUCCUGGUUUCAUCUGUGGGAUCAAAGAUGCGGUUGUAACUCAUGGGGCUCUAAUGCCAGGGACCUGCUGUCUAGAUGCUCCUUAUGAGCGUCCAGGCAACGAGUGGGGACAUCCAUUCCAAUGUGGUAAAGUCUGUGGGAAUCCAGGACCUUACUUGGCAGGUAUCAACAAGGAAGCCUGCGAUGCUCAAGGUGGCACAUGGUGCCCUACUCCUGUUAAUUGCAAUGUCCUAAAGACAUGUGUUGCAGACCUCAUUUCCCAAGCUGGCGCCGCUGCUGAUAACACUCCUGCAUUCCUGCAGUAUUUAGAUGCAGCACCCAAAAUUGCAGAUGUAACAGAUCUCCAGCAGUGCGGCCGGGCAAGGGCUUAUUUUGGCUUUGAUGAACUAUUUGUCAAUGAUGCUCAGAUUUGUGAUGACAUUAAACAGCUGAAGUACACAGUGGAUUUCACCUUUUUGGAUGAGUUUCUCAAACAAGGAUCACCUGCCCCUGGAACUAAAAGUGGGGCUCCAAACUUGCAACUCACGCCACCUGACCGGACCAAAUCUAAAUCCCCGCCAGUUAAAGACAACAAGGGCAUGAAGUUGUUUUUGUAUGGGUUGAGUGAGGCCAAAAGUGGCAUGGAUUAUGUUGUUUCACUGAUAGAUGAUACAGAGUGUCCUUGUGACCCUGUUUGCAUUUCUAGUAACAUUUGUAAGGUGACCAAAGCGGUUGCCAAAAAGAUAACAAGAAUCAUCCUGAAGAUUCUCUCCAAGGCCCAUGAUGUUUUCGCCAACUUGUACGACAUCUUUUCAGAGGAACCGGCUAAGGUGGAGUCCCAGGAAAAUACUGCCGUGCUCUACGAAAACAUGCAGAUGACAGCUGACUACCUCGUUGGGAUCCGAAAUGAUCUGAAUACGAAAUGUGGGGUCCGUCGUCUUGAAGAAAUCGCUGAUGGUGGCUCUCAUGGCAUCCAUCACAAUACCUCGUCGACUGUAUCCCUGAUCAAAGCGGAGCUCAAGAUGCUUAAAGACUCGGUGCAGACCAUGGAACAGUCCAUUUCUGAGAUGCACGAGUCCAUGCACGGAUCUCUGGAAGCCUUCAUGGCUGAAACGCGCGAAGCGUUGCGUAAAGAGAUUGGAAUCAUCAAGGCGAGUAAUCCCAGCCUUCUACCCCAGACAAUGACCAGAGAUGCUCCAGUGCCAACGUUCCAGUGUGAGGUGAAGGUCAUGCCUGACAACAUGAAAUGCAUCAUUGCACUUUCAACUUUGGAUGGCGCUCUCGUGGAAGCUGACUUUGCGAUAACCAGGAUUGGUGGCAGUCAUCAGAAAGAUCAAGUCACAGUUGUCUUUCGCAGAACCGACUUGGAACCCGGCAAGGUCGUCCUGUGCAUUGAAGAUGAAGACCCCGUCACCACCACCAAAGUUGUGUUUGUCAGGGCAACUCCAGUUGACGGCUCCAUCGCUCAGGUGGCCAACAAAAUUGUGUCGUUUGAUUAAUGAGAGUGCCGGCGGCGAUGUAGAGAUUAGAGAUCUGCCCGCUCCUCCCCAGGAGCAUUCUUCCUUGCUCCUCCACCCCAUUGUUGUAGCUCCUCUGACUGAGGUGUUUGACCCACAAAGAAACGAAGAAAGAAAAAAAGAAAAAAACGAAAGAAAGAUUUAUGCAUUGCAUUUUAUUAUUAAAAAAGAGAAUUCUAAAGAAAUGUGUUGUUGUGUG